AUGUGCGCGUUUGUCUCUAUUUGUGUCAAAAGAGCUGACAAUAUAUUGACUGCGACAGCAAGCUCCUGCUCGAGACACUUUGGCGUGCCACAGGCUCUCAAUCGUUGGCGACCUACACAAUCGACCGUUCAAGGUAACAAGGACGACGCUUUCCCUGCUCAAUUUUCGCACUCACUGUCAACGAUCUCCGUAACCGCUCCGCCGGUGGCAGCGAAUCACAAACCUCGUGGAGCUCCUUUUCAUUGCCUCGCUUAUCACAGACACAAUCAAUCCACGUUGGUCGCGAAAGUGGAUAGAUACCUUUCCUCGUUUCACUUGUUCAUCAUGACAACAUUGGAAACUAUUGGCUUUACAGUUGCCGGUGGUGCCGUGAUGCUUGUCACUUCAAUGGGGCUGUUUGGAUUGGCUGUACGUGUUCGGCAUCCUUUUAUUGCGCCGCGCGCCACAGCAAGGCCCCGCGAUGUCAUUCACAAUCCCCGCCCCAAACACAAGAGCCAAAACCGAGGGAACGCUUUCUUUGGAUGGAUUGGCUGGACACUCGGUUUGAGCUACGAUACCAUGCUACGCGGAGUACCCGGGACUGGUACAAGAGGAAAUGGCAUGUCGGGGAGCAUGUUACGUGUCAAUCUAGAUGGUAUUGUGCUACUGCGCUUUCACGCAUUGUGUCUGCGACUCACCGCGUUGGCAACCGUUCUACUUGUCUUGUUUAUACUUCCCUUGUACCUGUCGGCGCAAUGCUAUCGAAUAGAUCCGGAGGAAGCUUUGGGCCAAGCCGAAUGUGCCAGUACGGUGUACAAUCUGACCAAUUAUGAACAAACAACAAUUGCAAACGUUCCUUCUCUUUCAGGAUCUCGCUUUUGGUCAACCAUUGUUCAUCCGGAUCACAGCGGUGUCUUGUUACGACUCUACGCUGUCGUCAUUGUCUUCCUCAUUAUGACGGGAUAUUUGCUACAUCUCCUCUAUCAGGAGUGGAUUCACGUGUUGGCGUUGCGGCGUGUAUACUAUCUUGAGUAUGACGUUUGGGGUGAACGCAGGGAAGAACUUAAGCAAACUCUCUUGUUUGAUGAGAUUUCCAAGCAAAAACGGAAAAACAUGAAGCGCUUUACGUUUAGCGAGCCCGACGAGUUAACGGAAGAAUCUCGCCGCAAUCAUUUUGAGACUGCUGAAAAGCACUUAACGGUCCGUGAUCCGUGGAUUCCGCACCCCGAGCAGCGCGACACAGUUCCGAAUGUGUCGCUAUAUUCCGUGCUAGUAGGUGGGCUCCCUUCGUUGCCUGAUUACGCUGCUGAUACCAUUGAUACGGAAGCAACUAUCAGCUUUUCGAGGCGGGAAAGUAUGGAUUGGCAGCUUUCGUUGACAAGUACCUUCUUUGACCAUUGCGUCCCGAAUCAACCGGGAUUUAGUUCCUCUGUGGCGGCCGUCACAAUUAUUCCAGGGGCGAAAGACUUGUCUUUGGCUUGGAAGAAAUGGUACCAAGCUGCGGGCAAAUUGCGUCGAUUGAAAUUUAUACGAAAUCAAAUUGCCGAGCGUCGGCAUUACGACAUUCAAGUCGGAGAUGAGGAAGAAGGGCUGGCCAAAAAUGGACGAAUUUCAUCAGUUCGAUUCAACCUGAGCCCUGGCGGACAAUCGGCUGAUGAAGAAGGCGACGAAACGCCGCGGGAGAUAUAUGCUGAAGAGGGCAAGAAUCACGAUUAUUAUCGCGAGGUGCUUGGAUCACUAGUGGAACAAGAGGUGGAAUCGCACAUUUUUGAAGCGAUGCACUUUGGACCGGAACAGACGGCUGUAUAUAGUCGAGAGUUUGCUCAAUCGGCGGCUCCGUGUUGCCCAAAUGGUUGCUUCGAAGGUCGAAUCCGGAAUGCUAGCAUAGAUGACUUACUCGAAAUGGAACGAUACGCUGCAUCUCAACUGCACAAAGCCAAUCUAGAGCUUCGCGAAGCUCGAAGCAGGGCUACUCGUGCCCACGCAGAAUUCCCUAUAGAAGACGCUGCGGAACUUGAACCUGUUGGUUCAGUAAAUCCUAUUCUUCCAGAUAGUCUGCCGCCUUCGGAAAGGAGCAAACUGCGGCGCAAUGUUAGUCUGGAGAAAGCUAAAAUGCCGAGCGAUUUACAUCUGGAAUCUGAGUUGUAUCAAAAGACGGCGGUAUCCUUUGGAAGCGCUGACGGAAAAACUCGACUACGACCGAAACCCAUCGUGGCUAAGGCGCAACCUUCAAGUGAACUUAAGGCGGAUUAUGAAUUGCGCACAAAACGAAAAACUACGGAAAGGGAAGACGGGUCACCUCGCAACUCAAAGCCACCGCCGAUGAAGUCGAUACAUGAGGUUCCAAAUGAUUCUAAUGUACAUCCUUGCAGAACCGACUGGAAAUCCCGGCCGCAUGAUUUGGUGGAUCAGAUGACUUUUGGACACAACGAAUUAAAGGGAAGAACAUCGGCCCAAGUGGCCCCAUGGGCAAAGGUUCAAUCCAUUGUGUCAGAAAUGAGAAGUAGCUCUAGCGAAGGGAGCGGUCGUAAUAGGCACGUACGGGGCAACCGGAUGCCUUCCGGAGUUUGGGAGUGGCCUACGUUUCUCAGCUUAUUUGGUCAGACAAAGGAAAAGGCCAGUACAAUUACCACUUGGGCAAAGAAGCAGUCUGCCGCCGCCAUCGAUGAUAUAUCUCGUGAAUCAACGUAUGCAGUAAUCACGUUUACGUCUCGUCAAGCUGCGGUUGCCGCGCGCCAAUGUCUGGCCGAUGGUCGUGCAGCUGAUCGAUGGGUGAGCUUGGCAAGCAUUCCAAUUCCUCCCUUGGCAGAUGCCGCGUCAUGUGAUUUGUUGGUGUGCCGAAACUGUUGUCGUCCUGUCACACUAAGCAUCAACGACCGACAAAAGAAUGUCCGAAAUUACGCAGCACUGGCAAUGUUGGCUGCAAUUUAUUCGCUCUACACAAUUCCUUUGACCCUUGCUUCGACUUUACUAGAUCCAAGUAAUCUCCAAGAAGUUUUUCCGAUUCUUGCCGAGUGGUCUGACCGUGACAAAUUUGGAGUAACAAAGCUUAUUUCCGGUUUGCUGUCUGCUUUGAUAUGGACGACAUUUUUCGCCUUAUGUCCGAUUAUGUUCAAAUCCAUUGCCAACUUUGGUUCAAAAGCUACAAGUGUAGCUCAGGCGGAAUUCAAAGCCCUCCAGUAUUUUUGGUGGUUUAUGGUAUUGACGGCGUUCACUGGGCAACUUUUGGCGCAGAUGGUGCUUUACGGUUUCAACGAUGGCCUUCAAUUUGGUACUGAAUUUACUAGCAUUCUACGUGCCGUCGCGUUGUCCAUUCCUUCAGGACUUUCAGCAAGUUGGCUGAACUGGAUCAUCGUUCGUUGCAUGAUCAUCCUACCUCUGAAUUACUUGCUUCAAGUCAACACUUUCCUUUUUCACUACUUCGGUAUGCCAUGUUGCGCUAGGGUUGUUCGAGGAGGAGGUCCCGGAGGGCCGACGCCCUACAGGAUAUAUGUGGACUCUGGAGUUGUAUUGAUGUGCACUCUUGCUCUAGCUCCAGCAUCACCUCUUGUGGCGCCUGCAUGCUUUUUCUAUUUUCUAUUUUGUCAGCCGGUGCUUCGCCGCAAUGCUCUCUUUAUGUAUCGUCCGAAAUACGACGGCGGCGGAUUACGCUUUCCGUUCAUAUUCGACAUGGCGAUAUCUGCGUUAGUAGUCGGCCAGGUACUUCUGUGUACAAGCAUGGCUCUCAAGCAGGCGCUUGGUCCAGCAAUUCUCGCUGCCGUCCCGAUUGUUCCAACGAUUUUGUUUUCGCGUAAUACGAAAAAGAAGUUUUUGAGGGCUUAUCAGGAUGCUGCCCUGCUUCAAACUUCAUUACUGGAUGGAUGGAACACUGCAGAGGAAACAUCAGAGAAGGAGCGACAGGAAUUUCGAAAGUUUCUAGUUGAUGCACACAAGGCGGCCUAUGUUCCAGUUUGUAUAGCAGGCGCAGAGGAUGAGGACAGCUUCUUGACCGCAGAACCGGCCGUAGUAGUACCAUUAGAGUCAGAGCUUGCCGACGCUGGGGCUUUGGAAUUUGUUGAGGAGGCUUUAAACGCCACACCUUCACAAUCGCACGAAUCUGAAAACUCGCCUGCAGUUCAGGUGCAAGAGAAUCGACCAAAAUUGGAUCGCCGCGCGUCGCAACAUGGUGCAACUUUGCGCAGAGCUCAGAUGAAAGGUUGAUGACACAUUCAGAUGAUAGGAUCCCCCCUUCGGAAGAGAUGGAAGUGCCUUCAUCCAUUCGUCGAAACCGACAGCAGAAGUUUCAGGAACAGCAGAAUAAAGGAGAUUAAGAACAGUUUUACAUAGUGUAACAAAUCCUCUAGCGCUGUACAUUAUUCAGAACCUUGCACGACUUCCGAAAAGCUCGAUUGCCGGAUUUUGACGAGGUUAAGCUGGCCCCACUCAUCCACAAAAGUCUCGUCUAAGAUAUCACCCGGUUUAAUUUUUUGGAAAAUAUCCAUUCCUUCCGUAAUGUAGCCAAAUGGAGCGUAUUCACCGUCUAGAAGGCUGCGCUUGUCGUCAAUCACACUGUCGGCCUGCAAUGCG